AGGAGAGAGCGUGAGGAGGAACCUCCUCGGGUAGAGCCCGCAGGCGGGCCCCGGGGCACAGUGGAGGCCGUUGUGUUGUCAUGGCUCCCGCCCGGCCCUCUCCCCGCACCAGGUGAACCCCGAGGCACCGGCUGGGGGUGACGGAGCACUCUCGGGAGGGCUGGGCCGGCCCGAGGUAGCGGGGGAAAAGCCUGAGGUGUCCCAGAGGAAACAGCUGGCUCAAGGAGCAGCUGGCGUGUUUGCUAGGGAAGCCCCCGAGCAAAAAAACUCCGGAGUGUCUCACGUGCUUUGAGAAUCUGGUCAACCUGGCCCAUACAGCUGCUCCCAUCUAUGUUUUUUCGCUUAUGCUCCCGGACCAGCGCCUUGCCCUCUUCUCACCCUCACCCUUCUUUUGCAGACGCUGGUGUCUCCUCACACGGGAGGGGGGUAACUUGCAGGCCGAGGAACAGGCAGCUCUGAGGGGACAGCGUGCCCAUGUCUGGUUGCGUGGCCAGGUGUAAGAGUGCCCUCUCCUGGGUGGAACAGGCACUUUGGCUUGCUCGCUUGAGACGGAUCCCUCUGUUGGGAAGCCCUUUGCCUUACAAAGAGCUCAUGGUACUGUCACUGCCUUGAGGAAGAACUUGUAGGAGUUCUGCAGGCAGAAAUGCCAAAAACAGGAAAACAGAAACUAAUGCGAUGUUACGGAUGAGAGAGAAGGUGUUCACAGACAAGUUCAGGUUUAUGCAGAGAACCAUGGCAGAAGGUGGAUUUGAUCCCUGUGAAUGCAUUUGCUCACAUGAACAUGCAAUGAGAAGACUGAUUAAUCUGCUGAGACAAUCCCAGUCAUACUGCACAGACACAGAAUGCCUUCAGGAAUUGCCAGGACCAAACUCGUCCAGUGACAAUGGCAUCAGCUUCACCAUGAUAAUGAUGGCAUGGGUGGUGAUUGCACUUGUCUUGUUCUUACUGAGACCGAAUAAUCUAAGAGGAUCAAACACAGCCGGAAAGCCAACCAGCCAACAUAAUGGACAAGAACCACCAGCCCCACCAGUGGACUAGAGCGUUCAGUAUUGGAAAAUUUCAGCAGCUAAAACCUUGCAUGACCAAAUGAACGAAGAGACCAGAUUACUCCUAAAACCCAUUCAAUACUGUUUUCUUUUCUCAUUUAUAUAGAGCAGAAUUAUCAUUCAGCAGUAAUCUUCAUGAACUGCUUUUAGCAACUUCAAUUUUAAGUUAAUUUUUGCUUUGUAUGUUAUUACAAUUCCUAGUAGAUUGUAAUUUGAAUAAUGAUAAGGCAUUGCAGGGGUUUUUUGGUUGUUACUGUUACUAUGGACAUUCCGCUCAGUCUCUUUCUGUUACAGUGAUCUUAAUUUCUUUGAUGUGAUUUCUGAUAUUCAUUGAAAGAAAAAGAAAAUCCCAGUGCAUCUAUAAUAAUGGAGGGUUACUGACCUUUCUUCAGAUUAAUUCAUAUUUCUUCUCCAGUAUGCUUUUGAGAGUUAUAUUAUGGUUGGAAGCAUUAACUUAGUUAUGUGGUGAAAAAUAGAAAUUAUUUUAUAUUUGCCCUUGGUUCAGAGCAACUUUUAGUCUGGUCUUUGGACCACUAACAUAGUUUUCAGGGUUGUUGGCAAAAGCACAGAUUGUCCACUAGAAUUAUAAUCUCUCUGUGUGUGCGCACAUAAGUGAAUAUGACAAUUGCCACUGUCAAAGCUUUGACCUAUAUAUUGGGAACUUUACACAGAAGAUUAUACCACCAAAAAACCAGUAAUUUAGUCUUGUUCAUAUAUAUAUCUUAUUCAAUAUGUUGUCAAAAAAUAUAUUCUAAAACCAGAUAUGUUUACUUAUAGACUUUAUGAAAAGAGAAAUUUAGUAAGAAGAACUUGGUAGAAUUUUUUGUCCUGGUAUAGUCUUUUAUUAAUUAGUAUCUUAACAAGUUUUUAGCCAUGAUGUAAUGUAUAUUGGACAGGAUGAAAUCAUACCAAGGAGUUACCAAGGUUACCAACUUUUGGUAUACAACAUGUUCUGAAUUAUUCAGGUUUUUUCACCUGUAUGUUGUCAGCAAUUCUUAACAUUUCAUCCUUAUCUACUAGUUGCAAUUGUAGAAUAACAAACUUGCAGAUGACCACAUAUGGCAUGUCUUUUCCCUCUAAUGUUUGAGUGUGUGUGUGGUGUGUUUAUGUGUGUGUACGUGUGGCUGUGCACACACCUGUGCACGUCCCAUUGUAGCAAAUGGGAAUGAGUUUUUUGAUGUACAUUAAUUUAAAAACAUUUUAAAGAUGUACAGAAAAGCGACACUGUAUAUUUUUCUUGUUCAAUUUGAAAAAUUGAUGAGAAUAAUGUAAAGAACAUUUUUAUGUUACCAACAUGAAGCUUCUUUCCUUAAAGGUCAGUAGAACAGACAUAUGGGAAUUCAAAGCCUUACUCUACAAACCUUUAUUCCAUGAGGACUGUAGUUACGGAGCUGAAGGGACUUACUGUUAAAGUGCAAAAAGGUUUGUAUUAACAGGCUCUAACAAAAAUCUUGCACCAGAUCCCGUGGGUGACAGAUACAGGGUUUUCCCCUCAGGGUAAAUGGUGGGCCAGCUAAGCCUCCUGGUAAAGGUACAGUGUAGACUUGAAAAAAGGCUUCUGUGAUUUGGUGUAAUUGACCUUUGAAUUUCUGUGAAACAGUAUGCUCCUAAGCAUAGGAGCAUGUAUAAAAAAUUAAGUAAAAAAAAAAAAGAUUGGGCCAAGUGCUCUCUUUGACAUCACUGCAGUGCCAUGUAAAGUAAUGAAACCGCAGCAGAGAAGCUGAGAGAAUUUGUCCUAUUAUGUCUAAUAGUGUACAGGCCACAAACACUGUGUAAAGAUGUCACUGGGACAAGCACUCUGACUGUGCUUGCUUUUUGCCUUCCAUGUACAUUUAUAUUUGGGAUACUGUUUUGAAUAGAACAAGUAAUACAGCAUCAUUUCGUUGAACCAACAAGGAAACAUAUAUAAUCUCCAAGAGUGACCUUUUCUCCAAGGAUUUUUGGCCAGAAUUCUUCACUACUGGAGGCAUAAAACAAGUUUCCAAUUGAUUAAAAAGCCAACUGAAACAUGCUUCUAUUCAGACAGAGCACCACUCCUCAUCCUGUUGGAAGUUGGUGAGAUUUACAGAUGUUCCUCACUUCCGAGGAUCAGUCUCCCUUUACUUAAAUGUCUGUGUAUGUAUUUAUAAAACUCACCAUGUGCACCCAGCUCUAAGAGUCUUGGCAACUGAACUUUUUGUUCAGAGGAAUGUUGUGUUUUACCUUUAAAUGAACUAUCUUUGCUUGAUUCCUCUAAGUAAUUGUCCCAGUAAUUUUAUACAUGUAUGCUUUCCUCAUGUAAAUUGCUAUUUUAAAAUUUUCUAUGUAAAAGAAAAAAAAUUGGAAAUAUUUUAUUGUAAAGUGUUUUACUAAAGAGCCAGGCCACUAUCCCACAUCAAAACAUAUGCCUUUUAAAUUCAGAUACUGUCUUCAAGAUAAAACCUGCAGAUCACCACUCUUAAUUAAAAUAAAAGUAACUAACCGUAGGACUGUACUUUGCCACUCUUAUUUGUGUUAAAUGGUGCCUUACUCAUCAAGUAGUUGCACUGAAGUUUGUGGGACUACUCUGAGAUAAAGUACUAGUAGCAGCUUUAGUAAGGGUGGCAGAAAUCUGGCCUUUAGUUAUAUAAUUUGCAAUUAAAUAAUUGUCUCAUGGUUACAGAUGUUUAUGGUAAAUUUUGAGAAGUGUGGAAGAGAUUAGUGGUAUGAAAAGCUCCAAGAUACGAUCAGUUCUGUAAUGAUGGUUUUAAGCUUGGUAAGUAAAAGAUGCAAGUUGUAGCAACUUGGGAAAUAUGGAGGGAAGUUUACAAUUAUACCUUAGCUUAGAACUUUGUUAAAAUAAUAGUAUUUUUAGAGUCUGCUUAACACAAUUAUUAUACUCUGAAAUGAGAAAUCAUAUGUAUUCAUGUAUUGUCUGCAGAUCACUUAGCCUUGUAAUAUCCAUGAUUGAAGAAGGAAGAGUGAUGAUGUCAUGUACUUAAUGUAAAUCGGUGGUUUAAAAUAUCUGAAUUAUGCCAAACAAAAAAUCAUCUGUGCCAUUUGCGGUUUCCUAGUAAUCUUUUACUGAGUACUUGGACUGGGGUAAAGGGCUUGUACUAUGCACUUUUUAUUGACUUAACAAAAUAAAUAGCAAUCAUUAGUAAA